AUGCCGUCGUUGCAGAUGAUGGAUGCUUUCGCUCAGAUGUUGCAAGCAAACAGAGAGCAGACUGUUGCGCUGCAGAAGACAGUAGAGUCCUUGGCUGCUGCAAGGCCGAAGAGCGAUGCUGGGACAUGGACAAGACUGUUGCCGAGGCCCGACAUCUUUAGGCCACAAACCCGUGAGGACGAAAUAGCGCAGUUUGGUGAGUGGAAAUGGUCUUUCAAACAGUAUGUUCGGGCUAUCGAUAGUAACAUGAGCAAGGCCAUGGAUGAAGUAGAGAUGCAGCUGAACGAAGAGACCUCGUUGGUAGAGAUCACUCCUGAAGCUGAAGAACAAGCUCAAAAGCUUUAUGCUCUUUUGACAGGCAUGGUGAAGGAUCGUCCUUUACAGCUUGUAAGGUCAGUCGAAGAAGGAAAUGGCUUUGAGGCUUGGCGAUGUUUACUCAACACGCUUGCUCCUUCGAACAAGGGUCGUGCCUUGGCGAUACUUGGUGCUAUUGCCCAGUACCCAGUGAUGAGCCAUCAGAACCUCCUUGAACAAUUGCUGAAGAUGGAGGAACUCUUCAAGAAGUACCAGGUUGUUUCGGGAGGUGAUGUGUCAGAAGAUAUGAAAACAGCCAUCCUGCUACGAACUUUACCUCAACAAGUGAAGACUCAUGUGAGUAUGUCCAUCAACGAGACCACGACCUAUAGCGACUUGCGCGAGCUUGUGUUGCGCUGGGAGCGAACCUCUCAGAAGUGGAGCCAAGCUCUGGUGAAUCCUUCCUCGUCUUCCCAAAAUCUCAAUGAAGGACCUGUGCCCAUGGAGGUGGAUGCGGCUUAUGGCAAAGGAUUUGGGAAAGGUGAAUCGAACUCUUUGCUCUCGGGGCAUCCUGCUUCCUCGUCUUCGGCACAGACCUCAACAGCCCAAACCUCCCAAGCCUCUCAGAGUUCCCGAGCCAAUGUGAAGCGAGUGUUCAAUCUUGCCGCCGCUGAUGAGAGUUGCUGUAAGCCCGUGUUUGAGCAGUUCGAUUUGGAGAGUGGAGAGCAUCACUUUCAAGAGGAUGAGGACACAUGGUGGGUGAAUGUGGUUCAUGCAGUGUAUUAUGAUCUUGACGAAGAAGAUUGCGAUUGUGAAGCCUAUCCCGAAGAAGCUUGUGAGGGUUUCGAUAUGUCUCAAAGUGAUGCUCUGCCAGGUGACGAAGACUGGGUGGAGUACAUGAAGGUCUUUGGAGUUGACGGCUUCGAGAGCGACUGGAACGAAUUGGGAGGAGAUCCCGAAGGCCAGUGCGCGCCAGGUGGGUUGGUAGAAGUAACCUUGGACAGUGGUGCCGAUGUGAGUGUUAUGCCUAAGAGCUGGUUGGAGCAGGGCAUUGGAGCAGUAGUGGAAUCACCUGGACAUGUCGUCAUGAGCGAUGCACAGGGCAAUGCUAUGGAGAAUCAUGGGUUUCGAUUCGUGAAUCUUGAUCUGGGUCCGGCUGUGAUCCAAGAAGAGUUCUUCGCCUCCUCCGUGAAGUCUCCUUUGCUUAGCCUGGGCAAGCUCAUGCGAAAAGGAUGGACCUUAGAGCAUCGAGACUCGCAUCUAUGCUUGGUGUAUCAAGAAGUACAAGUGCAACCGGUUUCGGAAGGGCGAGUCUUCGUUAAGUUUGGAUUUGACUUCGAGGCAAUCAGCACGCAUUCAGAACCUAGAUAUGAUGAACAUGGAAAUGCCUGGCACUUCGCGCCCAAUGGAGAUCCUUUCUGCUUGAGUGAGGGAACCACGUUCGUGUACCCUGAAGACCUGAUGGCCCCCAAGUUGUGGAAGUUUCGCACCACCAUUGUACGAGUCGGAGACGUCUGGGAGCUUAUAGGUUUCCAGCAGCCCUUAGAUGCAAGCGAAGACCUACACGAGUUGCUGCCUGGAGUGAUUUAUUCCAGCUCGAUGGUUACGAUCAUGCACCGCGCGAAAGGGAUGCCUGAUCAAGUCGGUUUGUCCUUCGAAAAGCAAGAGUUUCCACCCGUACCUAUGCAAGUUGAAGUCCCUUCGGUCGAUCCAAGUUCUGCCCUUCCAGGAAUGGCUGAACAACCUGCGGAAGGACCAGAACCCCAGGAUGCUGAAGCUGCAGAUCGUCCUGCGUUCGAAAGUGAACAUGAAGUUCCGAUGGCCCCUGGUGUGCAAGUUCAGGUCCCAAUGCCCGAGUCCAUAGAAGUAGAAGGAGUCACUUUGACAUCAGAGUCUACUGCUGCUGAACUGAAGAGAGCAUGUAGGGCAUUGGGUGUGGGAGCUACAGGGUCAAAGACGGUUCUCUUUCGCCGGCUGGUGAAGUACAUGAAGAGAAAAGAAGCAGAAGCGACCCUUAGUUUGCAAGAGGCCGCUCGAUGUGCGGAACGGAUUCCGGUAGAAGAAAAAGUUCCCAAAGGUCCCACUCCUGAAGAAGAAGCGCGACACAAUUUGACUCACAUCCCUUUUGCAAAAUGGUGCCCUAUUUGUGUGUCCACACGUUCGCGGAGAGACUCACAUGUUCAAGGAAGCGAGGCACAUCGAAGUCGCAGUGAAGUCCCGACGAUUGCAUUAGAUUUCUUUUAUGCCGAUGUUGAUGGGGGUGAUCUUCAUUUCAUGCAGAAAGAGAAGAAGAGAGGGAGCGAGAAAGGGCUUGUUUUGGCUUGCGUCUGUUCGGGAACGGGAAUGCUUCGAGCAAUUCCUCUUCCGAGCAAAGAAAGAAGUUCCCUGCAGUAUGCUGCCAGAGAAGUGUUGAGCUUCAUUUCUUAUCUUGGCUACAGUGAAGUAUCCGUCAGAGGAGACAAUGAGCCUUCUAUGACCCUUCUGGUAGACAAAGUGGUCCAAGCGCGAACCCAAGUCGGACUUCGGACCACUAAGAGCCCCAGCCAGCCCUAUGAGCACCAGACGAACGGUUUGGCCGAGCAGGCCAUUCAGUCCUUGAGGGACAUAGGGACCUCUUUGCUGUGGCAGGUGAAGGAGAGAUCAGGGUUCGAGCUCUGCACCGAUAGCGACCUCACUUCAUGGGCUUACAUCCAUGCAUCUUUCCUGCACAACUGCUUCGCCGUGCAAGCCGGAACAACGGCCUACGAAAGGGCCUUCCAUGUUAGGUACCAGAGUAAACUGGCACAGUUCGGGGAGACGGUUUAUUUCGCUUUGGCUGCUCCAAGUGUGAAGAAAGGAAGACCCAAGUUCAUCAAAGGGAUAUUCAUUGGAAAGAGCCUGCAGAACGACUCGUACCUGUGCGCCACGGCUUUAGGAGUAUAUGUGUCUUCAACGAUCCGAAAGGGAAACCUUGGAAGUACGGCCUAG